AUGCCACUUACUCGAGAGCCCACACAGAAGCCCAAGAACAAAAAUGAAGAUACCUGCGUGGACAAAAGAGAGUCCCAGAAACUCUCCAACACCAGCCCAACCCCUAUUAUCAAGCAGCUGGAUCCUUGGAACCGACUCCAUGAAACUUCCACAAUUGCCCGUAUCAGGGGGAACGUAUAUUUCUAUAACCCGGACAUUCCCCUGGAUAACUUGGAUUUCCGAAUUACAACUGUGUACAACCACCACAUGGGACACUUUCAGGACAAGGCACAGGCACUAAUCCAUGAGGAGACCAUCAAUGACACCCAUGGAGUCAUCAAAUUCGAGGACCCACAUGAAAUAAUAUGUCCUUCCUUACCUCCCAUCCUUCCUGGAGCAAUGAGACAAUGGGUCAGUCCCCAGAAGGAAUCAAUCCACAGUAUCCAAGGGUCCAUAACAUCCCCUCACCUACCAACCAGCAAUGGUGGCUAUUCUCGCAAUAGCAAUGGUGGCUUCUUCUCCAUUUGA